AUGGCUGCUGCUCCUGAAGAAGAUCCCAAUGGUGCUAGCUCCUUUGUGAUUGACGAAACCUAUGAGUUUUCUGCGCCCAAGUUCUUUGAUUUUGUUAUUGGCGAGACCCAAGAAGAGAUGAGGGAAGCGGAGCUCUGGUUUGAUUCUCGAUGCAGUUACGCUCCUUCUCCCUUUAUGCCAAGAAUUAAAACUAGCAGGUCGGUGCAGCUUGAUGCAAUUUGCGAUUUCAGUGAGGCUGAACAGUUGCAGAAGGCAGCAGUUCCUACAGAAUUAGCUACAACUGAUAGUGCAAAGGAACCAUCAUCGGAAAUGGAACAAAAAAGUGUCCAGGCUGGAGAAGCCAUUACCUGUGAAGUUAAGGAAUCUCCUUUGAAAGAUCAUAAAGAAGAGCCUGAAUUGGAUCAAAAAAUACAUUUUGUUAAAGUGAAAGCAGAAGUUUGCACCCCAGCCCCACAGAUUAAAUCUGGAGCAGGAAAUGAGCCCCUACAGCAGACUAAUGUCAAGAAGCCGCAGACAGCCAGGAAGAUUGCUAGUCUGCUGAAAAAUCCUUCAGCAUUGAAAUCAAAACAUCAGCCUCAAUCACAGACAAAAGUCACUAAAUCAGCUAGCGUGAGAAAGGAAACAAUUAAGAAAAGCACUGCAGAAACUCCCAACUUUGCUCAGGAAAAUCAAGCCAUAAAACGGCAAAAAUUAGAAGGGGGGAAAUCUAGGCCGAUAUUAAAUGUCAAACCACAAACAUUGCCACACAAAACAAAGGCUGGCCUCAUCAGCAGCAGCACCAACUUAUUCUCAUCAACUGCUAAAACUCGCAAGGAGGAUAGGAAGCUUUAUGUUCGAGAACCUGCUGCUCCAUUUGUUUCUAUGGCUGAAAUGAUGAAGAAGUUCCAGUCUAACACAAGGGAGAUGUCUCUGUCUUGCACGAACAGUUCCCUUUCACAUGAUGAUGCUGCCGGAACAAUGCAGAGGAAGCCAAAGCUCAAAUUGACAAGGCCCAAGGAACCUGAAUUUGAAACUGCUCAGAGGGUUCGUUCAGUCAGAGUAAAGAGUUCUGCUGAACUCGAGGAAGAAAUGAUGGCUAAAAUGCCUAAGUUUAAGGCUCGGCCACUGAACAAAAAGAUUCUGGAGGCUCCACCUUUGCCUGCAUUACCAAAGAAACCCACACCACAUCUUACUGAGUUUAAGGAAUUCCACCUAGAGACAAUGGCAAGGGCCAAUCAGAAUGCCGAAACAUCUACUGUAGCCUCUGUCGAAUCUUCUCAGAGUCAACAACAGUGGAAGCCACAUCUAACAGCGCCAAAAUCACCUGUUCUUCAUACAUCACUUAGGGCACGACCACCUAGUAUCAAAAGUUCAGAUGAAUUAGAAAAAGAAGAACUUGAAAAGAUUCCCAAGUUCAAGGCAAGGCCUUUGAACAAAAAGAUAUUUGAGAGUAAAGGUGAUAUGGGGAUGUUCUGCAAUAAGAAGAAGCAGAUAACUAUACCUCAGGAAUUCCAUUUUGCCAUAGAUGAAAGAAUUCCACCUCCAACCCAUGUUGCUGAAAUGUUUGACAAGCUGUCAAUUAAAUCAGAAUCCUCCCAGCAUGACAACAAGCCUAUUCAUAGAAACACAACUCCUCAGCCUUUCCAGUUGCAUACUGAGGAGAGAGGAGCAGAAAAGGAGAGGAAAUGGGUCAGUGAAAUUUUGCAGAAACAAUGGGAAGAAGAACGCUCCCGGGUUCCAAAAGCCAAUCCAUAUCCUUACACAACAGAUUAUCCUGUGGUUCCACCAAAACCACAGCCAAAACCAUGCACGAAACCAGAACCCUUUGAAUUGGAGAGUUUGGUAAGGCAUGAAGAGGAAGUACGGAGGGAAAUGGAGGAAAGGUGGCGCAUGGAAAUGGAAGAAGCCCAGAUGAGGAUUUUUAAGGCUCAGCCUAUAUUGAAAGAUGAUCCCAUUCCACUUCCUGAGAAAGCACGUAUACCUCUCACAGAGGUUCAAGAAUUCAACUUACACGUGGAACAUCGUGCAGUUGAUAGAGCUGAAUUCGAUAAAAAGGUCAAGGAGAAAGAAAUGAUGUACAAGAGAUAUAGAGAAGAAGCUGAAUCAGCCAAACAGAUGGAGGAGGAGAAGGCUUUGAAACAACUAAGAAGGACAUUGGUUCCACACGCCAGACCAGUUCCCAAUUUUGCCAACCCUUUCUUGCCUCAGAAGUCUUCAAAGCAAGUGACGAAACCAAAGUCACCAAGACUGAAUGUGCUGAAGGCAAUAGAAAAGAGGAGGAAGAUGAUGGGCUGCCCUGUUGCGGCAACUUCCAGUUCUGCUACUAUGAUGAGAUAG